CUCCGCCUGUAUGAGUCAACCUGCUUCCUUCUUAUAACCCUCUCAGCAUUCUGACAGCAGCUACCAUUUUUCCUCUGCAGCCUCUUUCUACCCUGCAGCCUCUUUCUACCACAUAUCACAACCACAAUGGCUUCUGGAGUGCAAGUUGAUGACAAAGUGAAGGACAUUAUCAGUGACAUGAAAGUGGUGAAGAGCGAUGCUGAUGCAAGUGAACGCAUCAGACUUGUGGUCUUGGAAAUCAAAGACGGUUUUAUUAUAGUGGAGAAGGUCUUCAAAGAGAAGGAUUUGAGCGGAGAGGCAGACAUCUUCAAGUUCUUCCUGAGCCUUCUGGAAAAGGAAAAGUGCCGCUACGUGCUGUACGACUGCCACUUUGAGAACAAGGAGUCGAGCAAGAAAGAGGAGCUAGUCUUCGUGAUGUGGGCUCCUGAAACUGCACCCAUCAAAUCCAAAAUGCAGUAUGCUAGCUCAAAAGAUUCACUUAAGAAAGUCUUGACAGGCAUCAAACAUGAGCUGCAGAUGAACGACCUCUCAGAUUAUGGAACCAGGGACCAAUUUGCAGAAAGGAUAAGCAGAAAUGUUAUCAGUGUUGAAGGCCAUCCUGUUGGGAAGUAAAAUUCAAUUUGCUUCUGACUUGCCUGAAAAAUCUGAUCAUGAUGGCUUCUAAUAAUUUUGAUUAAAUUUGUUUAAACCGGUCUUUAACAAAAGUUGCUCCAUUUGGUAAAAUUUGUCAUGCCACUUCAAUUCCUCUUAACUAAGCCUUAGAAAGUUGUGUAAAUGUGGAUUAAACUCUUGUGUGAUUCCAUACAGCUAAUAUGAUCUUGUGCUGUAAAAUCCUUCAAGAUUUUCAAGCUCAGAGUGGCUAGGCACAUAGUUUGACUCAUCUGCAGUUUUUUGGACAAUUACACUGUGGCUACUUGGAAGUACUGUACAUCUUUGUAUCUAAAAGAACUGAAAAAUCAAUGCAUUGUCAAAUAAAGUAAAUGAAAACGAG